GAUAGUAGCCCACCUGAGGAGCCUCAUCCAACAUCUACAGCCAUCAGUUCCUCUGCAAAGGAGGGGUAAAAUGAGCCAGCUCACAGAACUAGUUCUCCUAACAGUCUUCUUGGCACUGUUCAGUCGAGCAGAAGCAAAUCCUUUUGUUUACAACUAUGAGGCGCUGAGGAUCGGGGGUUUGGUCUUCACAUGUGUGCUUGUAGCAGGAGCUGUUACAGCUCUGUGUUGGGGGCAGUGCAAACCAAAAAGAAAGUAGGUCACCUGAGCUGUCGGUCACACUCGUGCUUUUAAAUCGCAGUAAAAUGAUGUACAUUUCAAGAUCACAACAUUUUUGGGGAAUUUUUGGUGGUGUUUUUGAAAAUAUGCAUCUUAUUUGACAGGCAUGAUGAUGACGCAAGCAAAAUCUAAUGAUUAUGAUCUGGAACUUCAUCAGCUGAAAACUUUCCGCUGGAGUUGUGAUCGAGUAUAAGACACUUUUUUUUCUGGUCUAUAAUCUACAGGUGGCUUUCUAGCUCCACUUUUCCCCCUUGUAAUUUGUUAUGUAGAAUUUCCAUUGUUUUAACCAAGUAAUUUUUACAUUAAUCACAGAUCCUGCCCAUAAAUGCUGAGCUCUCUUAUUUUGAAUUUGUAGAUUCAUUCUAUAAAUAAGUUAAGCAAAUCUCUUCAAGUGACACUUUAAUAAAUAUUCUCAGUGAUGGGGAUGCAAAGCUACAUUUCAUUUGUAAGAUAUUGUUACCUUGGGGUUUAAACGCUGUACAACAUGAAAAAAAAAUAAAAAUGGCAACCUAAAA